AUGGCAGAAACCGCUUCACUGUCUCCAUCAGGCUCAACCGAUGCAGCGUGGGAUGCAACAACGCGACGAGCAGGCUUCGCAUGGAUCAUCAGAGACGAGAACUCGGCUUUCCCACUAACAGGAACCGGUGUUAUAGAGGAUGUCGCUUCCCCUCUUAUGGCGGAAGCCCUUGCUCUCUAUGAAGGAAUCAAAAAAGCGAAGGAUCUAGGGUUGGCCUCCAUCACCCUCCGAUCCGAUUGUGCAACGCUCAUCAGAGUAAUUUCAACAAAAAGUCAGAUAUCGGAACUCUAUGGCGUUCUCCAGGACAUCAAGAGCCUCUCAUCUUUCUUUGUCUCUAUCAACUUUCAGCAAAUCCCUCGUUCUCAGAAUAGAGAGGCUGACUUCUUAGCUAAACGGGCCCUUAAGGCCUCUCUUGCUUUCUUUAUUUCUUUGGGCUAG